GGUCGGCCUGAGCGUGGGAGGCGCUCCUGGGGUCUCCGCCCGCCCGCUUCGACACUAUCUCCACUACUCAGGUGGGCAGAAGGAGGCUGCGCCCGUUCCAGGGAUAUCUUCUGCCGAAAGUCUCUCAAAUAGAACACCCAGGAAUACUAAAAUCUGAAUCAGAGGAAGCUUGCGGAAGCAUGGAGAGCUUUACAAGUAUGAAAGGAGCCUGUUUGCUAUCGAUGUGCAGAUCUGCCAGCGGUCCCCUCACCAUGUGGCUGUACCUGGCGGUCCUCGUGGGCCUGUACUACCUCCUGCGCUGGUACCGGGAGAGGCAGGUGGUGAGCCACCUCCAGGACAAGUUCGUCUUCAUCACGGGCUGUGACUCAGGCUUCGGGAACCUGCUGGCCAGGCAGCUGCACCUGCGAGGCUUGAGGGUUCUGGCUGCGUGUCUGACGGAGCAGGGGGCCGAGCAGCUGAGGAACCAGACAUCAGACAGGCUGGAGACAGUGAUCCUGGACGUCACCAAGACUGAGAGCAUCGCUGCGGCCACUGAGUGGGUGAAGGAACGUGUGGGGGACAGAGGGCUCUGGGGUCUGGUCAACAAUGCAGGCACUUUUCACCCACAUGGCUACACUGAGUGGCUGAAGAUUGAGGCCUAUAUGAAUACCCUCAAAGUGAACCUCAUUGGUUUGAUAGAGGUGACCUUGAGCAUGCUUCCCUUGGUAAGGAGAGCACAGGGGAGGAUUGUCAAUGUCUCCAGCAUUCUGGGAAGAAUUGCUUUCUUUGGAGGAGUCUACUCUUCCACCAAGUAUGGAGUGGAAGCCUUUUCAGAUAUUCUGAGGCGUGAGCUUCAACAUUUUGGGGUGAAAAUCAGCAUAGUUGAACCUGGCUACUUCAGAACAGGAAUGACAGAUAUGCAGAAGUCCUCAGAGGAGGUGAAACAAGUCUGGAAAGAAGUCCCUGUGCAUAUUAAGGAGUCCUAUGGACAGAAGUUUUUUGAUACCUAUCACGAUCUCCUGAAACAAGGGAUGUUGAGUUGUAGCACAAACCUGAACCUGGUUACUGACUGUAUGGAACAUGCCCUGACAUCUGUGCAUCCCCGCACUCGAUACUCAGCUGGCUGGGAUGCUCAGUUUUUCUUCAUCCCUCUAUCUUAUUUACCUACAUCACUGGCAGACUACAUAUUGACUAGAUCUUGGCCCAAACCAGCCCAGGCAGUCUAAAGAAAACUGGUUGGUGGCUCUUGAAAUGAAGAAGACAAAAAUCUGAAAUUGAUUGUUAGUGUCCCAAUAAUCUUUAUGUAUCAUCUAUACUUUUUGUAACAAUAAGCUUUCUUGCCUAAACUCAUUUAUCUGGCACCAUCAGAGAACCAGUAGGUUUUUAUUCCAGAUAUCCAAAGCUUACUCCUUUAGGUGAUGAAUCUUUACUAUUUUAACCAUUUUUUGAUGUUAGUAUUUCCAAAAGGCAUCAAUCUUCCUUGCCCUAUUAAACAGAGUAGACUAGAAACAAUUUAGCUUGUUUUGAUGUUAUUUUUUAAUGUAAGAGAGUAGCUGUUCUGUGCUGUGAUAAACUAUUGCUCAGGGACUAUUGAGAAAUGUGGGUCUGUUUAUCCUUAACUUGAAAUGGGUCUAUACUUUGGUACUUUUAAUAAAUGUUUAAUUUUGUUUUUUCCUCCCUAUUUGCCAGCUGUUUUGGGAUAUAUUUCUUCCUUAUUUAAAAAGAAAUGAUUUUUAAUUUUUAAAUCAAAAUAAUAUACACAUGCAUAGUUGAAAAUUCAGUUAAUACUCAAAAGCUUAAAAAUGAAAACACAACAAACAGUUCACCACCUUCAUUGCUGUUCCUCAGAGGUGAAUGCUUUUGACUUUUAGCUAUUUUUUCUGGUAUUUACUGCUAUAUUUCUGAAUAAUAUACUUCAUACAGUUUUCUUGAUUUAUUAGUUUUAGAUAUUCUCAAUUAACUUCCUGUUAGGGUAAAUGAGAAUUUAGCUUUUUACACCACUUUCCUGACCAUUUCCUUUAUCCCCAUAUUUCUAAUAUAAUUUUUAUCACAUUUCAGUUAAAUUAAUAGUGUUUGCAUUAUUAGCAUGUGAAUUUUUUUGUUUUUCUUGGAGUUAAGUAUUACCUUGCCUUUUGUUUUUUUUUUUUUUGAGCCAUGCUGAGGCUUCUGGGAUCUCAGUUCCCUGACCAGGGAUUGAACCCAGGCCUUGGCAGUGAAAGCCUGGAAUCCUAACCACCAGAGAACUCCUUACCUUGCUUUUUUAUUUGCAUAAUUUUUUAUUCACUUUAAUUUUUUCACCUGUUUUCUCUGAUUUCAGAAUACUUUCAGUAGUAUUCUUUAGAUAGUUAAAUAGAUCAUAGAAUUAUCCAUUCCAUUUCAACUGAUCCAAUACAGGAUCACACUUUGAUUUAAUUUUCAUGUCCCUGUACUCUAAUUUAUAAUAGUUUCUUAAUGUUUUUUUAAAACUUUCAAUUUUAUAUUGGAGUAUAGCCGAUUAACAAUGUUAUGAUAGUUUCAGGUGCACAGCAAAGCAAGUCAGCCAUAGAUAUACAUGUAUCCAUUCUCCCCCAAACUCCCCUCCCAUCCAGGCUGCCACAUAACAUUGAGCAGAGUUCCCUGUGCCGUACAGUAGGUCCUCAUUGGUUAUCCAUUUUAAAUAUAGCAGUGUGUACAUGUUGAUUCCAAACUCCCUAACUAUCCCUUCCCCCAACCCUUCCCCCCUGGUUUCCUUUGCUGUGCAAAAGCUUGUAAAUUUGAUUAGGUCCCAUUUGUUUAUUUUUGCUUUUAUUUCUAUUGCCUGGGAGACUUACCUAAGAAAACGUUGCUAUGAUUUAUGUCAGAGAAUGUUUUGCCUAUGUUCUCUUCUAGGAGUUUUAUGGUAUCAUUUAUAGUCUUUUUUUUUAAGUUACUUUAAAAUUUAUUUUUAUUUUUGGCUGCAUUGGGUCUUCUUUGUUGCAUGGGGACUUUCUCUAGUUGCAGCGAGCGGGGGCUACUCUUCGUUGCAGUGUGCAGUCUUGCCAUUGCAGUGGCUCCUCGGUGCCAUUGCAGAGCACGGGCUCUAGGCACACGGGCUUCAGUAGUUGCAGCAUGUGGGCUCAGUUGUUGUGGCUCACGGGCCUAGUUGCUCUGCGGCAUGUGGGAUCUUCCCAGACCAGGGCUCAAACCUGUCUCCCCUGUGUUGGCAGGUGGAUUUUUAACCACUGCACCACCAGGGAAGUCCCUAUAGACUUAUAUUUAAGUCUUGAAGCUAUUUUGAGUUUGUUUUUGCGUAUAGUGUGAGGGAGUGUUCUAACUUCAUUGAUUUUCAUGCAGCUGUCCAACUUUCCCAUCACUACUUGCUGAAGAGACUGUCUUUUCUCCAUUGUAUAUUCUUGCUACCUUGUCGAAGAUUAAUUGACCAUAGGUGUGUGGGUUUAUUUCUGGGCUCUCUAUUUUGUUCCAUUGAUCCAUAUGUCUGUUUUUGUGCCAGUACUAUGCUAUUUUGAUUACUGUAGCUUUGUAGUAUUGUCUGAAGUCUGGGAGGGUUAUGCCUCCAGCUUUGUUCUUUUUUUUUUUUUAUAAAUUUAUUUAUUUUA